GCGGCCUGGCUGCGGGAUCCGUGUGCAGCGAUGGCGUGGCCGCCCCGCCAGUGCCCGGGCCCCCGGGCGCCGCUGUUCCUGCUUCUGCUGCUGCUGCUGCUGCUGGCGGGGCUCGAUCCCUGCUCCGCCAGCCCCGCGGAUGACGGCGCGGGCCCUGGGGGCCGGGGACCCCGGGGCCGUGCGCGGGGGGACGCGGGCGCCGACGAGGCGGUGCCGCGCCACGACUCCUCCUACGGCACCUUCGCGGGGGAGUUCUACGACCUGCGCUACCUGUCGGAGGAGGGUUACCCUUUCCCUACUGCUCCUCCUGUGGAUCCAUUUGCCAAAAUCAAAGUGGAAGACUGUGGAAAAACUAAGGGAUGCUUUAGAUAUGGCAAACCAGGCUGUAAUGCAGAGACCUGUGACUACUUCCUUAGCUACCGGAUGAUAGGGGCUGAUGUGGAAUUUGAGCUGAGUGCAGACACAGAUGGCUGGGUAGCAGUUGGAUUCUCUUCAGACAAGAAAAUGGGUGGUGAUGAUGUCAUGGCAUGCGUCCAUGAUGACAAUGGCAGGGUCCGCAUACAGCACUUUUAUAAUGUGGGCCAGUGGGCAAAGGAGAUUCAGAGAAAUCCUGCCAGAGAUGAAGAAGGAGUCUUUGAGAACAAUCGAGUCACCUGCAGAUUUAAACGCCCUGUGAAUGUUCCCAGAGAUGAAACCAUUGUCGAUCUCCAUUUGAGUUGGUAUUACCUAUUUGCCUGGGGUCCAGCCAUUCAAGGCUCCAUCACCCGACAUGAUAUAGACUCUCCACCAGCGUCCGAGCGCGUCGUCAGUAUUUACAAAUUUCUCUGACAUGGCCCCAUUGCUGGUUCCAACUUUGUGAUUAAGCAACAUGGAGCCUUCGAUUUCUAAAGCCAUCUUCAAGAUUCAUGUCAGAGGUAAAAGUUUGUCUGUGGGGAAGGCUUUCAAAUUCUUCUGGACCUGAACCAAAUAAGGAAAACUGUUACAUUCUGUGACACUGUGCAGUUACCAUGUACUUCCAAGGGAUGUUGGAGAUAUACUCCUCAUUGCAGAUGGGAGAGAUGAAAUGAUAACAGGUGAGCAAUGGAAUUGCAGACCCAGGGUUCAAGUCCACAGCUCCGCUUGAGUACCACUGCCUCUUCACUAAGCCCUCUGGUCAUGGCUGACCAUAGCCUGUGUAGCGCCUUCUCAGCGACUGGUUAGGAGUGAGGCUGUUGAUGAUGCAGGCACCCAUGUUGUAAAUAGGAAAGCACAUAUUUUUAUAUUUUACUCUCAUGUGUAUAAUAUUUGAGCUAUAAAUGGGUUAAAACAAAAGAGAGACUUCAGUUAGUAACAAGAAGGGAAGGAAUAAAUGAGUGGAGUUUCCUAAUGCUUACAUUUCAAGUCAAGCUACUUACUUCACUAACUGUACUUUGAUUACCAGUUUUGCAUAUUUAUGCUUAGAACUCUCAAUGACUUUCUCUUAGUAAAAUGCAAACCAUUUGCUAAACUCCAAUAUUGUUCCUUCUUCCCCAUUGGUAUAUCCCAGCAAGACUGAAGGGCUCUUAAUUAUCAUUAUUAUUAUUAUUAUUAUUAUUAUUAUUAUUUUGGUACCGGAGAUCAAACUCAGGACCUUGCGCUUGCGAGGCAGGCGGCAGAACCACUGAGCUAAAUCCCUGGCCCGUGAAGGGCUCUUAAUUCUACAGAUUUUGUAUUUUUUUCUUUUGGCAGUGAUAGGGAUGGAACCCAGGGCCUUGGGCAUAUACAUGCCAGGGAAAUGUUUUACUGAGCUAUACCAUAGCCCCAGACCUCCCCUCUCUUAACUCUCAUGUGUUCCAAGUGUUCAGACAUCCUCUGCCUUCCGUGGAUAAUAAAGUAUUAUUCAUCACGGCUUAAUUACUUUUUCUUCCAGUCCCCUGGACUAGGUAGGUUUGGGUCUCUGCCUAGUGCUCCCUUGGCUUACUGGGAUUUCUCAUCAUAAUACUCAUCAUACUUCAUAAUAAUUGCUGGCUUUCUUCUUCCUGCUGACUCCUUAAUGCAGGGACGCUUUCUCUUUACUCAUCUCUGUAGCAGGCCUACUCCAUAAUAGGUACUCAGCAAAUAUUUGUGAAAUAAGUAAAUAAACGAAUAUAUAUUGUUAUGGCAAAUUUGGUUCAGAAGGCCUGUAUUUCAUAUAAAUAUUAGAUUGGCCAACAUUUGUAUAUUCUUCCACCUGUGAUCAAACCAUAAGCAAUUCUUUUAGCAAACACUGAACUUUGUCUUUUGAAACAUAAAUAGAAAAUCAUUAGUAACAAUGCUAUUUUGCCCUACAGUGAAGAUUAGUUGACAUUUUAAAACAAUAAUCAUUGCUCAGACAUAAUAAUUCACAGAGUAGGGAUGUAGAAUAGCAUUUGACCGUCACCUCAGAGAACCAUCAAUUCAUAGACAUGCUGAAGGUAGAACUCUAUGGAGUUUAACUUUAUUCAUUUUUACCUAAUAGAAAAGAACUCUUACUUUACCUCUGUAUUCUCACUUUCUAAUAUAAUACUUGUCACAGGGGAAUUGCUCCACCAGUGCUUUUGUAAAAUGUUUGAAUAAUAAUAAUGAUGCUAACUAAACGAGCUUAGUGCUGUUCUAAGCAAGUCACAUGGAUCAGUUCAUUUAAUUCUCAUAGGAUAUUUCUAUUAAUACAGUUUUACAGAAGAAUAAACCGAGGCUAGUCAUUUGACAUAAGUUAUCAGGACUGGUGAGGACUUUAGAGACCAUUUAAUAAAUUCAGUGUACUUAUUUUACAAGGGAGCAGCAAAGUCCUAGGAGGUGACAUGAUUUCCUACACAUUCAUGCACCUUCAGGAAAAUUUAUUAAAAUUUUUAUUAAAUGGACCCUACUAUCCUUGUAAUUUACAAUGAGUAGGAGGACUUUUAUAUUUAUAUUUGGGGAAAGGAGCAUAUUUUACUUUCUACCAACUUUCUUUUCUUUUAAAACAUUUUAAUUAUUUUUUCAAUCAUUUUAGUGUUUUUAAUCAGAUUUUUAAAAAUAAUACACAGAUUGGGCAAAACUGGAAGAAUGUAUUUGUCUCAGUUAAAAAGUGACUUGCCUAAAAUUGUGGUUCGUCUUCUAACUUGGAACCCAAUGCCCUUUUAUUACCCAAUUGUAGUCUCGAAGGCAGAUUUAUAAACAUGAUUUCAGACAAAAUGUAGGGGCUGUAUUUAAUUAUCUUGGGCUGGUGUUUGUUAUUAAAGAAAUCAGGAAGUUUGGGCAUAUCAGGGAUGGAUUCUAUCCCAGAUGGUACUUACUACUAUUUCUUUCAUUAAGUUUACUGUUUAUAUUCAGGAUUUUGUCUUAAGAGAAGUUACCACUGAAGUUAUGUGUCAUUCUUAGCUGUAGCCCAGGGGUUGGUAAACUUUCUUUGUAAAGAGCCAGAUUGUAAAUAUUUUUGGCUUUGUGCUCUAUGUCUCUCAGGUCUUCCACUCUGCUGCAGAUAGUACAUAAAUGAAUGAGCAUGGCUAUAUUCCAGUAAAACAUAAUUGACACUGAAUUUGAAUUUCACAUAAUUUUCAUAUAUCAGAAAUGUUCUUUUGAUUUUUAAUAGCUGUUUAAAAAUGCAAAACCCAUCCUUACCUUGCAGGCUGAACAAAAAAAGGAAGCAGGCUGGGUUUGGCUCCUGAAUUAUGAUUUUCCCACAUUCGUUCCAUCAGCGACACAUGAGUGUAUCACAAUCAGUUUUAAGUUAUACUGCCAGUAACUUACUCCUGGUCAAUUGUAAAAAUAUCAGUUAGUGCCUAAUUUGUUUUUAUAAUAAUUCAGAAUUGAUUUAUUACUAUAAAUAAAUGGCAUAAUGGCAUUUCCAUGCGCUUAUAUUCUAUUUGAAGUGGCAGUAAAGUACAGAGCUGAUAAGCUACAGUUUUGUUUUACCUAAGCUGUGGCAAUCGUGAACCAUUUUAUUGUUGAACUGCCCUUCAUGGUGGGAAUUUCGAUGCUUCAGAGUAAUUUAUUUCCCUGUAGAAAUUUAUCAAAAUAUGCCACACCCAUGGGAAUUUUACACAUGGUAUGCAUCCUCUAUAUGAGGGAAAAAUGUUUGAGGGCCAGUGCACUAGGCCAAAUCCUGAGAUGUACAUACUUUGUUGCUGUAUAUACUUGUAUAUCCUUGUACUCUAAACAGAAUUGAUUUUGUUCAGCGAGCAGUUUGAUUGUUCGCAGUGUGUUUAUAUAUAUAUAUAAUAUAUAUAUUUGUACAUACAUGAUGGGAUGGGGUGUGAGUAUAUUUAUACAUAAAUGUAUAUAUAUAAACACACCACAGGGAUUUUAAGAUCUUUGUCAGGAUUGUUUCUGUUUUUGAUUCCUUGACCAUUUUAAAACCCAAGAGAUAAAACAUUAUGUAUGUUACAGGCAAAUGUGCACUUGAGUUUAUAGCAAUUUAGUUUGUAUAUAGGAAUUCCUGCAUCUUUAGUUGAGCCUUGCCUCUUCCACUGAAUAUUAUAUGAGUUGUUAUGAACAUAUGAAGUGCUGGGCAUGGUGGCGUACACAUGUAACCCCAGCAGUUGGGAGGCUGAGACAGGAGGAUUGCCUAGAGUUCAAGGCCAGCCUGCACUACAUAGCGAGACUCUGUCUCCAAAAAAAAAGAACAUAUGAAGUAUCAUCCUCGAAUUUGAGUUUUCUAUACUGUUAGUUAAGAAACCAUGAUUAAUAUUGGCCGAGCAAUUGGCAUAUUAAUGGAAUCUAUAUACUCUUCAUAGUUAAUUAGAUUCUUUAUUUAGUUAGCAGAUUACUUAGUUUCAAGUUGUUCUUCUCUAUUUUUAUGUUUAACAGAUGACUUGCAUGUAAGUUUCUUUUCAUGAAAAUGAUAGCUAGGCUAAUGUGAUUUUAAAUUUACCUGGAAACCAAGGAUUUAUGUGAUACAUUAAGCUUUUUUGGGAUUCUUUUGGUUAAAAUACACUGAUGUUUAGUGAAGUUUUGUUUUGUCUCACUAUGUUCUAUUGAGUGAAUAACCAUUCAGUUUGAUUCUUCUGGAGAGUAAUCAGUUCUCUAAGGUUUUGGGGUGCUCGGUGGGUGUGGCAUUCACCCAGGUCACUCGAGUCCUUACUGUUUCAUCACCUAGAAUGUCCUGGUUGCAUGGAAAAGUGAACACAGCUUCCCCAUAUGCCUUAUUCCCACUGACGUGUUGAUAUACUGGAACACUCUGGCUCCAGGAGUAUUACACUUUUUUGAGACUGUCUAUAAAUACUAUUUUGUAAAAACUAUGCCUUUAAAUAGACAUUAAUGGGUUAUAUUUGUUUUAUAAUAAUUGCGUACCUAAUGUUCAAUUGUGAUUGAUUUUUGAGAUUAUAUAUAAAUGUAUAUUUA